AUGGACGUACCGCUGGCCGAGGACCGCGAGUUCGCAAUGUUGGAUGAAGCGCAGAUCGAAACCCUCAAUGCAGUCGAGCGCAUGGGCGCAACGCUGUCUCUGUUCGGCAUCACCCUAAUCUUCAUCACUUUUGCUCUCUUCAGGCGAUUACGGACGAUUCCCAACACCUUUAUCUUCUUCGCCUCCGUUGCCAACAUUGGCGCCUGUGUCGCCUGCUUGAUCGCGUACGAUGGGAUCCGGGCUAUGCACGGGGAUCGCCAGGCCGCCCUCUGCCAGGCCCAGGGCUUCCUAUUCGAAUGGUUCAUGCAAUCUGACCCUUGGUGGUCUUUCGCCAUGGCGAUCAACGUUUAUAUGGUGUUCUUCAUGUCCUUUAAUCCCACAACGUUCCGCCAAUAUUUAUGGCUGUACUGUGUGAUAUGCUAUGGGCUCCCAGCAAUCCCAUCAUUUGUCUUCCUCUUCCUGCGCGAGGGAAGGGGUUUGGUGUACGGGGACGCAGCGCUAUGGUGCUGGAUCAGUUCUGACUGGAACGCACUUCGCAUUUAUUCUUACUAUCUGCCAAUAUGGGUCUGCACAGUUCUAUCUGCUGUGAUCUACUUCGCUGUUGGAUAUCACGUGUUCCACCAGCGGAAUCAGUUGCGCAACCUGUCCUUGAGCAAUCAAGCAAAAGAUGUCGAAAUAGAUGUUGAGGUUACCUGUGACUCCUCUGAUGUUAGGGAUUCGGCGGAAAAGAAUCUCACAUCUCACGUCGGUCCGGGCUUCUACGGGACUGUCACAACCGAAGUCCAGGUCACCAGUGCUACCAUACCGACGAGCCCAACCCAUGCCUACACCAGCCCAUUCCUCGAGCCGCCGGACGCAACCCACAUCAGCAGCACCUCGAAAGCGCCCAUCGACACGACACACUUGCGAGUCGACACGUCGGUGGGACAGGAAAGACCACCGAGACUCGCCACUCCUGCCCCCAAUGCGCCCGGCGGAUUCUCACCAAUACAGACGCACCAUUACCCGUGGUCGCAUGAGCCGAGCUCGGUCUCGCCAACCACAGUCGACGUCCUCUCGCCCUCCGUGACGCUCGUCAAUAGCACCGACAGCAGUCCGUUCGGGUUCCCCAAGGCGUCCGCCCGCGGCCAAGCGCACAAAUUCGAGAACGUAAGCUUCAACGGCACGCAGUUCACCUCGACCAUCUCGGCCGGCUCGGCAUCCAAAGACGAAUACGACCGCGAACCCUCACCGACGCGGUCAGCCCUGCCGCCGCUCUCCGCGAACGUCAGCCCCUGCAGCGGCGCCAGGCGCAGGCAGCUACCGCCAGCCCCGGCGGUGAAGGCGCGGCGGCGGCUGAACGUCUUCCAGCGCACGGCGCGGGGGGUGCGGCGCUUCGGCGCCAAGCUGCGCAACAUGGACCCGGUCAAGCUGGCGUACCUGCGCACGUCGUUCGUCUUCGCCAUCUCGGUGCUGGUGACGUGGACGCCGUCGUCCAUCAACAGGGUCUACACGCUCGUGUACCCGGACCAGGCGUCGUACGGGCUCAACAUCGCGGCCGCGGUCGUGCUCCCGCUGCAGGGGGUCUGGAACGCCGUCAUCUACUUCACGACGUCGUGGAAGAUCUUCCGCGAGGAGAUGGAGGCCACGCGCGGGGGGCUGCGCGUGCUCGAGUUCCUGCGCCUCGACAGCGGCGCCGCCGACAGGACGCGCCAGGGGAGCAGUGCCGCUGGUGGCGGGGGCAGCUUUGCCAUGGGGUCGAGUAUCCUGGCGCCACGGAGCGAGAUGGGGAGGAGCCGACGGCUUGAUGGCGAGAGCCGCGAUGGGAAUGAUAUGGAGCUCGUCAGCACGGCGGGCCCGCAGAGGCCGAGGCCGGCGCAUAGGACCAGCACGCUGAGGGUGACGAAGAGGGGUUUGGAUGACUUUUCUUGA